AUCUAUCAGUGUCAGCACGGUUAAAUAACUAAUGUGAUAAUUUCCUAACCAAAUAGUUUGUUUAUUAUGUUUACUUCUUGAUUUUCACGAAAUAUAUGUUUAAAUUACAUAAUGUUUCGAUUAAUUGUGAAUCGUUUCUUCACACCGCAAAGUUUGAGAACAGUGAGAUCAAUCACUCCUACAUAUUUUAGACCAAUACAUGUAACGUCAGGUCUAAGACAUGGUGAAUAUGAGUGGCAGGACCCUAAGUCAGAAGAUGAGGUAGUAAAUAUCACAUAUGUAGACAAAGACGGCAAAAAAACUAAAGUUAGAGGCAAAGUUGGAGACAACGCAUUGUACCUAGCACACAGAUAUGGCAUAGAGAUGGAAGGAGCAUGUGAGGCGUCCCUGGCUUGCACCACAUGCCAUGUUUACGUACACCCAGAAUAUUGUGAUAAACUUCCAGAAUCAGAAGAAAAAGAAGAUGACUUACUGGAUAUGGCACCUUUUUUAAAAGAAAAUUCUAGACUAGGUUGUCAAAUAGUACUAACCAAAGAGCUAGAUGGAAUAGAAUUGACAUUACCAAAGGCGACGCGCAACUUCUACGUGGAUGGACACAAACCUCAACCACACUGAAAUUAUGGCUGCUCUAGUUGUAAGAUGUCAAUGUAUAAAUAGAUGAUGAAAUAAAAUUGAAAUUUUUAUCUCUGAUAGUCAUUCAAAUAUUAUCAGAAUGAUACUAUUUUAAAGUGAGACAAACAACUGUAGUGAACAAAGGGUGUUUACAGAUUUUAACAAAUCAUAUGCAUAGUGCACAGUCCUUGAUUACAUUAAAUACACAUAAAACAUGUAUCUCAUCUAGAAGUAUUAGAAUAGCUCACAUUACAUUGGUAAUGUGAGCUAUUCUAAAACUUUUUUGAAGAUGAAACCCUUUUGGAAAGCUAAAUUAAAAUUUAACUUGUUUUAUGUGUAUAGGGGUGAAUUGUCGAGCAUUUCAUCAGGCGUGAAUUUACCACCCCAAUUUAGAAAUAAUAAUCUGGAGUAUGUAAUAUUAAAUUUCAAUACCGAAUUAGGAUUUUUUUAAUUACAGAAAAAAUAUUUUGAUGGCCGUAUGACGUAAGCGUGAAUGCUCGAAAAUUCACCGGGAGGCGAAGUGCGGGUUAGCAUUUCACGUCUCACCAUCGAAAUGUGACACAGCGAACCAAUCACAUUGCGCCAUUGUGACGCAACGACAACCAUACUGCAAUGUCAUUGGUUCGCUGCGUCACACAUCGAAUCGUUUCGAUGGUGAAAAGUGACAAUACAAACCCUCUGACAACUGACACUGUUACAAUAAGUUUCAUAUAACUUUAAUAAUGUCCGCGGAGCCUCAAACACUGAGGACCAAUGUUGUAGACGAGACUGUAGGUACAUUAUAGUCAAACAUAACUAUCUUGUUGUGUUUGGUGUUGCAAUUUAGGAUUAUUGUAAUAUUUCAAAAAGGUAUCAAAAAUUUGUUAUCUAUUUUUUUUUUAUGUUGCGUAAGAAUAUGUGAGACUAUGUACAUAAAAUGUACUUGUUAUUUUUUUUUAUAUAUGUUGAAUACAUUGUAGAUAGUAUAAAUAAAACUAGAAAUAAAAUGUUUAUUGUAAAUUCAGUCUUUAUUAUAAUAUUAUACUUA